GCCAAUGCGAAUGUUGCUCUCCGAGGUGGUGCUUGUGGGAGAACUGCCAAGGUACCAGCCGGCGAUACCGAAAGCGCCAGCCAUGACACCCAGGAGGAUCUAGAUCACCAACGGCAAACGGGAAAUAGUCAGCCGGAAGGGCUUAUAUAUGGUUAGGUGGGAGCAACAUACGUAGAGCUCAGGGUCUCUCUUUGAGCCGGUGUUGAGACCGGCUUCCUCGAUCUUGGAGGAGAUGCGGCGGGCAGGUCUGAUGGUGGUGGGUGCUCUGAAAGGCUGUCUCAGAGCAGCGCGGCGAGCGAAAGUUGCAGCGAUUGACGACAUGUUGUGUGUAGUAUACACCCGACUAGCAGGCUAAUUGGAUCAGCAGAAAGGUGGUUAUAGAGCAAUGGACGAGGGCAGAAGUGUGGACAGUCAAAGAUUCUUCCUGUUUUGGAACAUCGGACGAGGUCGGUUUGCUCGGCUUAGAUAAUGCCAGCAGUCACAUGAUGUCGUGGCUGCCAAAGUGGCGCGGUAAUCACGUGCAACCUUUACUUUUUCCGCUUUGGAAGAGAACAGCGAUGGCAUAACGACGUUGGAAAAUUACAAUCUUUCUGCUUCCUCAUGGCAUGUCACUGUUGCUAUUGAUAAACCCGACGCUCUCUUUUCCCUCCCAUGGUGAACUUCCAUCCGUGUAAUUCGAUUAUCGUGCUCGAGCCGCCCGCCAUUCCUUUGUUCCAAACCCUCGAGAGUCGAGCCAGGCUCAAGCCCCUGACUAAAUAUCAGUCGCAGGCUUGAAUCGACCACCCCCUCCGUACGCCCUAUUAUUCUGGCACUAUGUCGACGGCCUAUUCUCCAAUUCACCCGUUUUAAUGCUUCUAAAUAGCUACAAUGGCUAGUCAACAAGAUUUUUCUGCUUCUGAUGAUCCCAGUAACCGGCAAUCUGGAGCUCCGUUUGAUAAUGCCACAAAUCCACCCCGACCUGUUUCCUACAUAUCCACCCACAUGACGGAUAUAGCCUCAGAAGAUGACGAUGCUUCACGACCUCCCACUGCUAUUUCCUCCCAGCCAACGUGGUCGCAGACUCCGGCCUCCCGACGUGGUCCUCCCCCAGCCAGGAAUUCAAUGGCUGCCACUAAUCAUUCGACGAGUCGUCCCCUUAGCUCCUCGAGUCGAAUGAGUAGGACGCACAUUCCGUCGCUGACUGCACACGGGUUUUUCCGUCCAAUGAGUUCACAGAGGUUGCAAGCACAGCGCAGUGGACGACCAGCGAACAAUAAUAACCAUCAUGCCGCUCCCACCUCGACUGAAGAUGGCAUGAGCGAUGUUGGCAGCCAGAAACGAAGGAGCUUGUUAUCAAACCAUACAAUACUCUACGGUGGGCCUUCUUCUCACGAGAACGAACUCCCCCCGCCAUCGCGAGGCACCGAAUUCACGGACCCUGUUAUACCAGAUCGUGGAACGUCAAAUGCAAGCCCUACAGGUAAUACAACCGUACGAAGUCUUGGUGAGAGUGUGAGGUUACUCCAUGAUAGGUCACAAAAGGCGGCACCGUCACACCUCAACCUGGGGAAGAAUUAUAAUAAGCCCAGCAGCUCUCAGGAUAAUGCUCAGAAGUCACCCAUGUCUUUUCGUUCUGGUUUCCUGAUGCCUGGCAAAAGUGAUGGCCAAGAUCGCCGUGACUCGAGGAAUCAUGAAAGACUCUCCUCGGCCGCGUCUACCCCCGGUUCCGUACUGCAAAAGGGAUUCAAGUCUGAAGACAAGCCAAAUUUAGGGAAGAAUUAUGAAUAUUUUGCGGGAAACACGGUAUUCUGCGGUGGAGGCAGGUUUCAAAAUUCCCGUGAUAAACCAGUAAAUAUCGCGACUGGGAUUAUGGUGGUAUUGCCCGCUGCAUUGUUCUUCGCCUAUUCGGCUUCAUGGCUGUGGCACAAUGCUUCUCCUGCAAUACCUAUUAUAUUCGCUUACCUUUUCUAUAUAUGCCUUUCAUCCUUUAUUCAUGCGUCUGUUGUUGAUCCAGGAAUCAUUCCAAGAAAUUUGCAUUCAAUGCCGCCAACUGAUUCAAACCAGGACCCAUUAACUCCGGGGCCGCCUUCGAAUGAUUGGGUCAUGAUAAAGCUCGCAACAUCAGAUGUAGCAGCCAUGGAUGUGCCAGUGAAGUACUGCAAAACUUGUAAUAUCUGGCGGCCUCCGCGCUGUUACCACUGCCGUGUCUGUGACAAUUGCGUUGAAACUCUCGAUCACCACUGUGUAUGGCUUAAUAACUGCGUCGGGCGCCGCAAUUAUCGUUAUUUCUUCACCUUCGUCAGCUCCGCUACUGUAUUGGCUCUCUUCCUAAUGGGUGCAAGCUUGGGACAUUGUCUUGGUUACCGUAGCCAGGAGGGAAUUUCGUUCGGGGAAGCCAUUUCCAAAUGCCGAACUCCAUUUGCCAUGUUUUUAUAUGGUCUCCUCGCAGCACCCUACCCUGCAUCGCUUUGGGCAUAUCACUUCUUCUUAAUGGGUAGGGGCGAAACGACCCGGGAAUACCUUAAUUCCCACAAGUUCCCCAAGGAGGAUCGACACAGACCAUUCACCCAGGGCAACAUUAUCAGAAAUUGGAUCACCGUGCUCUUGCGACCCCGCCCCCCAACGUAUGUCCAGUUCAAGAAACGGUACGAGGAAGGGGACCAGCGCUUUGAGGCAGAGAAGCGCAAGAACAGAGGACGUGAUCUGGAGGCACAGGCUGGCGAAGAAAUGGAACUACAGGGAGUUUCUAACGGACCUGCCUCUAAUAAACUCACCAAUGGUUGAUUCAUUGGUAUUGAAAACCCACCCUUUUUUUCUCAUAUCACUCAUUACCUUCAUUCGCCGUGCCACAGAAUUCCGUGAUACGUGCGCAACGUCACUGACGUGAGCCAACCCUUCCUUCCCUUUAUUAGUAUUAUCAUUCAUCAUCCUUAUUAUUAUUAUUAUUAUUCACUUUUUGCGAUUCUCCUUCCCUGUACUUUAUAUUUUUAUUCUCUCCCUGGGCCUUUUUCCUUUCUUAUACCAACUGGUCUUAAUCAUUUGACCCCACCUAUUCCCAUUUUCUUUCAAUGUUUUUGUUUUUCCCUAACGUUCGAUAUGAGCGAGAUGUUUGAUGGCGUUUGUAGAGUCAAAUUAAUUAGGCUCCAUGCCCCUGUUGCUUGAUGCAUGUCUGUCCUUUUGCUUCCAAAUUCAUUCGCCCCUCACCGAGUGAGUUCGUUACUCUUUGAUCUAAGUCCGGGGAUGUCGAUUUGGAGUUGGAAGUUUGCUGUUAAUUUUCCCCCUCCUCACCAACUUCGUUCUGAGUAUUUGUUUACUUUUUUUCGGCGCCUGAAAUUCUCCCCUGACCGAAAGAUGUACUAGCUACACUACAUCCAUAGAUUCAUUUUGUCCCUUUAGAAUUUCUACGUCUCAAGAAUACCCAUAAUACCCCACCACUUAACCCCAAAUAUUUGAACACGACAUAGUUUUCUUAGAUGCUCCUGUUUUUGUCUUGAGUAGAAGAAAACGAAAGUAAAAAGAGCAUGAAAUCGUAAAGACAGUAUUAGCUACACAAAGAAAGGGAGGACGACAUAUGGCCUAGGGUAUCGUAAUUUAAGGAUGGCGGCCUUUAUCC